AGGAGAAUCUAAAAUACAAAUACGGUAAUGAUAAAGCGUUGUUUCUUGAGUGUGACAUUACGACAGACCUAUUUGUUUGGGAUCGACUAGUUGAAUACAUCCAGAAUAUUGACGUGCUAGUUAACAACGCUGCCGUAAUCGACGUGGAUAAUCCAAGAAACACCAUUACCACUAACACAAUAGCCUUGAUCGAAUGGUCCAUGAAAUUCUCCGAACACACAAGAUUGGAUAAGUGCGGGCACGGCGGUACUAUUAUUAAUGUGGCUUCAGUGACUGGACAUUGGGUGGCACCAUUUUUCCCGGCCUACAUAGCAUCGAAAUAUGGCGUAGUCGGGUUCUCUAAAUCAUUUGGCCAUGCAUAUAAUUAUAAAUCAACUGGUGUGAGGGUCGUGGCUUUAUGCCCAAGUUUCACGUUAACUCCAUUGGUAUUCACGAAAAUUGUUUCGGAUGAGCAGGAGGAUGCUUUUGACAGAUACAGGAGUAAUCAAGUAUGGCAAAGCGCUGAUGAAGUUGGCAUAAGAGCUGUUGAGGUCUUCAAAAAUGCCGAUUCGGGGACAUCUUGGGACGUGGUCGGAGGAAGUCCAGCCUUCGAAUCACUCUCCACCGAAUAUAUUACCAUACCUGACGAAAUAAUUCCUGAAGGAACAUGUCAAGUUGAUUGUGAAUGUGACUGAAUUAUAAACUAUAAAAUGAGAUAUCAUUUUGAAAA